AUGCGGAGGGUGACGACAUGCGCACCUAUACGUUCCGAUGAGGCAUACUCUACUGAAUGGAGAGAGGGAGUUCAUGAAGCAUUGGUUGGACGGACGAAUACCAGCGUCAGAUACUACGAAUUUGGAAACGGUACAAAAGGAUGCGAAGGUACUAACAAGACCACCGACCUCACAACCUUUUGCGUCACACAAUACCAGAAAGAUAACUUCCAGGUGCCUUACACGGUUCGAGGCGCAACCGCCUACCAUAACAACAACAGUGCGAGCGAUUUCGAACCCAUUGCAGCCUUUCGAGUCCCAGAUGCGGACACUACCCUUCUCUCCAUUAUGAGCACCGCCAAAUACACUGGCAAUGUUACGGACCCUUUGUUCAAUGCUCUCAAUCGCUCCGUCGUUUCCCAACAGGUCUUCUUCGAAUCAACACACGAUCUCAACGUUCUAGGUUGCACCGAACAAUACCAGUUCUGUAACUUGGGCAACGGGCGAUGUACAGCUCUAACAGGGCUGUACGGGAUCCAGCAGGCAUUCGAAAUAGGCGAUCUUUCCCUGAAUGCAAAGCAAUCUGCUAUGUUCCAAGUGAUGUGGAAGGCGACUUGGGCCAUGGGGCUCCAGUGGGCGUCCAAGCUCCUCUCGGACAAUCUCCUGCUCGCCAAAGAUUGGGCUUUCACUGCCAUAGCCCAGACUUCGUCUGCUUUGCCGCCAGAUCAGUGGCAAUCAGAGGCCUAUAACAUCCACAACUUGUCACUCGCGGUCUUCCAACGUCGGAUCAACGAAUACGCCAAGCCUGAAAGCUUUGAGAUCCGUCCUGGCGUGAACUCGUUGAACCAGCUCGUGGAGCCAACCGAUCCGGAGAUGCGGGCGCUCUGUGGCCUCCAGAAAAUACGGAGCUCGGAUCACUACUCAGUCAGCAUACUGGGAAUGUCUAUAAUUUUAGUCGUCGGCGGCGUCCUGAUACUACUUGACUGGAUUCUCGUCCAGCAGAUCUUCUGGUUCCGCUCGGUGACGCAUGCACGUCAGGCGAAAAAGGCGGAUUGGACAAACACAGGCACGCUGCAGCUCUACCGACAGGCUCUAGAAUCUCGUGGUGUUGGUCCGUGGAAAGUUAAGGAUUUCGAAUUUCCCGUACUUCUGUCGAGAAAUUACACAUUCAUGGGCUUGGGGUCCCAACAUGACCCAGCAACACAGCUACAUCGUAUGGACAGUGGUGACUGGGCACAACAACACACUGCUUACAUGCCUGAGCAUGCAGUGCCCCAGUACACAGCAUUGACACCACAAACACCCGAUAUGGAGGGAGAGAUUCAAGUCCUUGGGGAGAGCAAGAGCAGCGAUGGGAAGCUUCGGUAG